AUGGCUAGCUCUCACGAUACUGCUGCUGCUUCGAGACUCACUUCCUUUGGCUUUCUGCCGGAGGAGGAGGAUCAUUCAGAAGGCCAGUACGGCAUUGGUCAGCUUCUAUCCAAGGUCAAGACUGUCUUCACCGGCUCAACCUCAGCUGCCACAGGGAACGAGCGGCAGCAGCAACCACCGGCUCCCUCUGGUCCCGCGCCAAAGCACGAAGCCAGUACCACUAGCGCAGGCGAAGCACUCGGAUCUGUCACGGCUCAGCAUGACGCAGCAGAUCAGCGAUCUAGAGUGGAAGGAAGCGGAAAGGCCGGGGAUAUAGCGAAUCGAGCUACAGCUACGGGAGCGUUGCCUUUGACCACCCUCAGCGGAUCUGGUACACCACUGGCCAGUGCACUAACAGCUCCAGAUGCGCACAUACCCAAUAGCAAAACCACACGAGGCUCUGCAUUCCCAGCGGUUGCGACAAAUAGGAGGUCAGCUGUCCCCUUUGUACCGUCUUCACUGCGCUCAACUACCACAGCUCCCGCUAUCAUAUCCCUAGCGCCCACGGUUGCUGUUGCUCAGCACGGAGGUUCUUCCACUGGACUAGGCGACUACGACGAUACUUAUUCAGUGAUGUCUUCCGCCGAUGAUACUCACGGCGAAGGUCGCAAGGUAGGCACACGAAGCAGUCUUGCGACGCUAGUCACGCAUGCACGGCUGCCAAGCACCGCAAUUCCUGGCUUUCCCCUUUCCAAAGACCUAUUGGCAGAUGAUGUCCAAUCCAAUUGGAGCAUGUCUUCGCGGAGUCCCGGCUCAGACAGCGGCCUGGACCAAAAUUACGGCACCUCGACCUCUUCCUCACUGCAAACUAGUGCUGAAGCUUUCAGGCGCCUGACUCUUAAAGGAGGAGCUAGCCACUCCAAGGAAUGGUGGAUGCCUGAUCAUUCGGCAAAGGAGUGCUCCGCGUGUGCCAGCCCAUUCGGCAUCGCCAGACGGCGGCAUCACUGUCGUUGUUGUGGACAGAUCUUCUGUUCCAAAUGCGCAUCGAACUUGCUGCCGGGAUCAAAGCUCGGUCUGCCCGGUGUUGUCAGAGUCUGCGACUUCUGCACUCGAAUGAUGAAGCAAUACGACCUGGCUCGUGCGGGCGGGGGCUCGACUGAUGCCUCAAGCUCAAGUAGUAACAUACGAGUACGAGCAGAGAUGAUAUCAGCACCGCUAGAAGCCGCUGUGGAGAAUGCACCUCAAAGUCGGUUUGCAGCAAAUGCGCUGUUCGGCGCCUCAUCUUUUCGAGAAGGGUCAUCUUCUCCCAAAGGCCAAUCUGACCACCAGACGGCGUUUCGGCCAGCUUUGAACACCAUAUCCAGCUCCGAGACGAUCGACUUUCAUCCUUCCAGAUCGCAGACCCCGGAGCCGCCAACGCCUUCGGUAGAGUCUGCCCUAGCACCUUUCCAGCUAUCACACAUUACUUCAGCCAUCGAGGCGCUGGCGCCUUUUCGUCGUCGUCUGGCAGAGGAUGACCAGCCUGUUGAAUCCGAAGGCAAUCCCGAUGAGACCGGUGAGGACACAUCGAUGAAGGAAGUCGAGCCUCUGGAACUUUCUACUCCGUCGGCCCCCGCUGCUACGGCUUCCCAGGAGGCAGUCCUUCCCAGCUACAAGCAAGACACAGCUGUUUCAAGUGUGCCUUUUCCCAGUGACAAUCAAGGGUCUCCUUCGAAAGCGGUAGCGCGCAAUGCCCUCGACCAGGCCAGGGCCAGGUUGGCUAGUGACGCUUCCAUUUCUCAGGAGUCCCGAGCGCGUCUCGUCAGUGAUGCAGCAAUCAGGGCAUAUCGGAGAUCGAGACUACGCUCGCGUGUAACAGCAAAUGAGGGCCUGCUAGAAAAGGGAGGCCUCAGUCCUGCGACGGGCCGGGAUGACGUCUUCUACAGCGACAGUCGGCCGAGCUCCAGAAUGGGCAUCGGCAACCCCACACAAGGCUUGGAGAGUCAUAGCCAGCAUUAUCUGCGACAGCUUCUCGAUCAGUGUCUUACCAGAGCCGAGAUAGGCAACAAGGUAGAGUGGAUGAACAUCUUGCUUCCACUAGCCGUCAGAGUGAUUCAGAGUGUCAAGCCAGAUGCAACCAGCCGAGGCAAGAAGAUGGGAGUUCGACGCCUCGUCAAGAUUAAGAGGAUUGCCGGAGGCAAACCACAGGAUAGUCACGCCAUGGAUGGCUACAUCUGCUCCCGCAAUGUUGCCUCUAAAGCAAUGGUCAGACGACUGCCAUUACACAAUGCGCGCGUCGUUUUGCUGUCGUUUCCGCUCACAGCUGUCAAAGGCGAAGGCCAGUACGUUUCGCUAGAUGCGCUUACGGCUUCUGAGCGCGAGUACACACGUAUCAUGGUUGCUCGAGUAUUAGCGUUGCGACCGCAUUUGCUCAUUGUUCGCGACCAGGUGUCGAGGAUGGCUUUGGAUAUGUUGGAGCAAGCUGGAAUCGUGGUAGUCUGGAAAGUACCAGAGAGCUCUAUGGCUUCCAUUGCCCGUGUAACUCAGAGCGACAUAGUCACAUCGCUGGACCGUCUGGCACUGCAGCCUCGCUUGGGCCGAUGUGGCGUCUUUGCCGCUGAUACGUACCACUCGAUGCUACUACCGGGCAAGCGACGCAGCUUUCUACGAUUCACAGGAACCCCGAAAGAGCUGGGAUGCAGUAUCAUUCUACGAGGUGGUGGCCAAGCGCUUCUUGGCAAUAUCAAAUGUAUCCUCGAAUUCUGCCUGCUGGCGGCGCACAAUCUGCGGCUGGAGGAAUCGAUGAGGAACGUGGAUCUAGCUUUACUACCCGAGCCACGUGACUUUGAUAUACAGGGGCAUGUCGCAGGAGAUGAUCAAAAAGAGGAAAGCCCGAGCAGUCACACUGCUGCUGCUGCUGCUGCUGCUGCUGCUGCUGCUGGCUCGCCGUGCCAGGAGAAUGUGAACCUGAGCUCAGUAGACGCAGCGGACGGCAAGGUCAUCUCUGCUCUCCAAGACUAUCGGUCAACACUGCUCAGUAUGUCUGCGCGUCUUCAAAUCCCGCCGCCCUACCCACUGAUCAGACUGAGGAAUGAGCAAGCAGUAUUGAACAACCUCAAGUCUGAAUUGGAGUCGGAUAAGGAUGCACAAAGGAUUCAGCAACUUGAUGUACCUUUGGCGCACUCGCCAGUCACCCUCAAUGAGAAGACUUUGCUUGGCGAGGCCGGUAUGGACGGGGAAGGCAAGGAGCAAAAGCCGGUGAUAGCUGCCUCCGAGGAAGAUAGCGACGAGAAGGCAGCGUUGGACGAUCCGACUCCAACUGCCGCUGGUGGUGAACCGAGGGACGCAGAGAAGCAGCCAUCGCUGCAGGCUGAUGAACAGCCGUCAUCACUCGAUGAGAAGAUGGAUGUCGAAAAGCAGGUCUCAGCAGUACUACCUUCAAGUGCGACCAUGAAUCUGCAGACCCGAUUCGCAGUAGCUCGCUCUCGGCACGCAUUCGAUGUCAGAUUUCUUCCAUCACUGGUCGAUGUCAGCAAAGAGGGUCUGACCCCCUUCUGCCAUCAGCGUCUGACGGUCUUGCACUCCUUCAUCAACUCAUCUACCCUGAAGCCGUGUAUCGGUCCCAGGAUUGAACAGAUGGAAUUCUACGGAAAGGAAGACCACACGCUUGGAGAUUUCCUGGACUCCAAGUGUGUUGGCAGCAGUCAAGUCUGUAAAGCCAAGAACUGUGGCCUACAACAGAUCCUGCAUUACGACUCUUACAUACACCAUCAAGUACGGAUCCAGUGCUUCUGCGAGAGGUUCGUGUGUCCUAUUGCGGGUCAGGAGCUCUCGAUACUGACGUGGGAAUACUGCAAAGUCUGCGAGACCGCCACCCCUGUGUCAGUGGUGAAUGACAUCGCAAAGGCUUACAGCUGGGCCAAGUUCCUUGAGGCUCACUUCUAUACCAAGCAGACUCGAUCUUCUUGCCCUCACGAGUCGCUAGUAGAUCGCAUCCGCUACUUUGCCUACAAGAAUUUGGCAUUCCGGAUACACGUCGAACUGGUGGAGCCUUUCGAUGUUGUCAUUCCUGGUCUGAGACUCUUCAUGAGGCCGGAUAUCCAGAGCACACUGAAAGCAGAGGAGUCUCUGGGUCUUGCACGCCGCGCCGAUGCUUACUUUCACUCAGUCGGAGCAAGGCUGAAGGCGCUCGAGCAUGAGGUUGAGUCUUGUCGAGAUCCUGCCGCUGCCACCGAGAAGUUUGGGCCGCACCUGCGAGACUUACGAUCCGUCGCAAUGGAAGGACGCGGUGAGGUCAACAGACUGUUGGUUGCUGAAGUCGUCGCCUCCGGCCCAGGCGACACGUUGUGUCUCAACAAGGUACGGCAGAAGCUGCAAGGCAGUGUCGUCAAAGUCGACGAGCUUUUCACGAAAAUAGAAAGGCUGGUGCUCCCCAAGGACAGGGAUCUGCGUCGGACCAAUGCCAAUCAGCUCGGCCGUCUCUUCAUGGAACGCGAUUCGAUGGAUCAAUCGAGCGAGUCCAAAGCUCAAACGGAGCCGCCCAGCGUAAGAGCCGUUGAGGAAGGACCUCCGGAGGGUCUCCCGCAAUCACAUACCAACUCUUCGUUGUCGGCGUUAGCGAUGAUUGCGGACUCUGCAGCGUUUGGGCUUCCGACACACCUCGGAAUCUCGUUCGAAGAGACGCCGUCAGCCCAAAGCGCAGCCACAAGCACUGCGCCGAGCGGCACGACAACGCCAACCACGACAGGAUCGGCCAAUGUCACCAAAGCACCCUCGCCGGUCUCUCUGCGGGCAAUCACCGAACCACCAGCCAAGGUGGAAGAUCCCGCGAGAUCGUUGACAUCGAGUGUGGAACAAUUGAGCCCUCAAGAGUCUCUUGCAGCCCUCUCUGAUGCUGCACCCAGACCAAAGAAGGACGCACGAAAGAAAGGGCAGGAAGACUCGGAUGGCUUCUCCUCGCCGACGGACAGGCUCAAGCCUCUGACCCGCUCGAAACCUCGCAAAGGCAAAGAGUCGGCAAGUCUCGGCUCUACGAUCACCGAUUCUUCCUGUACGGAAGCUGGGGAAUCAACGGACGGAGGACAACUCUCGAGUUCUUUUGCCAGAGUAAUGCGACCUCUGAGCAAAGCGACAAGCAAAGGGAGCGACACCGGUGCACCGGACCCAGUAGUGGGUGGCAGAGUUGGCCGCGCUCGUCAGCAUGUCCUGUCCGAUGGGGAUACGCAGACAGCGAGUGGCCCGACGUCUCCAACAGAUGAGCACUUCCGUAGACUUCCCUCCUUUGCGAGGACUCAGUCGAGCUCUGUGGUCGAAAGGUCAAGCACGUAUGCCAAGACGAAUACACGUGGGUCGCAUCGGUCAGCAAUGCCUCCUCCAUCCAGCUAUAAGCCUCCUGCAACUCAGCGAACCAUCAAGGCAAGCGAGUCCGAAUCGGACGCUCCAAGCGUGCGCCGAAGUGGCGUACCUCGACAGAGAGCGGGGGGAGGACCCUCCCUAGGAGUCAAUCGCCCCAAACUUUCCCGUCGAGUCUCUGGGAAAAGCGACUCUGGCAACGAAUCUCAGCCGCAAGCUCCAAAACGAGGCAUUCGCCGCGAUGGUGGCGGUGGAGCGCAAAUGACAUCAUUGCCUCCCAUUGCGGUACCCCGUACCCCGAGUCGAGUCCCUCUUCCGACCUCUGUUGGAGGUGGAGCUGGUCGCGUCUCGACCAUCGCUCGCCACUUUGACCGGAUCAACCGCAAUGCUGAGAAGGAGAGAGAAAAGCAGCGGCGCGCACUGGUCCUGCGAGCUCGAAGAGCCCUGCCCAUCGCUGCUUCAUCGGCUCGCAUUGCUGAAUAUACUUCUGUAUCAGCAGCCGUUGAGUCAGACGAGAGCUCUUCCGAGGAGGAUGGCGACGACGAUGACGAGGCGGAGUCGAGCUCCAGGUCAAACGGAGAGGAAGCGGACUCUGAGACCGAGCCAGAUGCCAUGGACCGCGCUGGUCGUAGUGUCGGUGCCUCUCUCGAUGGGGGUCCCAAAGCUGUGGACACAGACGACCCAUCUACUGUCAGCGCGGUCGCUCUGGGUGGUGUUCCGCCGACUGCGCCGGCUUCUGAGCAGGCGGUCAAAGCGGCUGGCAAGCUCUUGGCGUCGGAAUUACGAGACAAAGAGGUUCCUACGACUCCUUCUGGUGAGGCUUCGAACCUCGAGCGGGGUUCGCUGCUGAAGACUAUUAGCUCUUUCUGGGCUUCGAGAGCAGGCAUUGCCUUGCCGCUUCUCGAAUACCCCUUGUCCGCCGAACAGCAUCUUUUCGCUGACUCACCUUUGCUGCUGCGCGAAGAUGAGCCCUCUUCGACCAUUGCAUUCACCCUUGUCUCUGCCAAGUAUCAGGAGCGACUUCGACACUUGCGAGCGAGCCGCAAAAGCGCACAUACGACGCAGCGAGAUCCCGAGGCUUCUACGGUAAGCUGGGGCAUUGUUAGUCAUCGGGGCCAAGACGAGGAGAUUGAAUCAUCUCUGAGACGACCUGAGGGUGUGCAUCUGCGAUUCGACUUUGAAUCUGGAGCUUCACGCUUCCAUUGCCGCAUCCUCUUCUCGGAGCAAUUUGAUGCUCUACGCAGGUGUUGUGGAUGUGAGGAUUCCUUCAUCACUUCUCUUGCUCGCUGUCUGAAGUGGGACAGCUCAGGUGGCAAGAGCGGCAUGACAUUCCUCAAGACUCGCGAUGACCGCCUGGUCCUGAAGCAACUUUCGAGCUCAGAGUUGGCAUCGUUCAGUACCUUCGCGCCUCAUUACUUUGCUCACAUGGCCGACUGCUUGAUGCACGGCAAGCCCACGACACUGGCUAAGAUCUUCGGUCUCUUUAGGAUAUCCAUGCGCAAUCAAGCCACUGGCAAGUCAUACAAGCUCGAUGUCUUGGUCAUGGAGCAUCUGUUCUAUGGGCGUCAAUGUGCUCGGAUCUUUGAUCUCAAGGGAUCUAUGCGCAACAGAUAUGUUAAGGAGACGGGAGCGCCAGGAGAGGUCCUGCAGGACGAGAAUCUGGUAGAGAUUUCGCUGCAGAGACCCUUGUUCAUCCGCGAGGGAAGCAAAGUCAUGCUCCAUCAGGCUCUGGUGCACGACUCGCAGUUCUUGGCCGAGAUGAACAUCAUGGACUACAGUGUCAUUGUUGGCAUCGAUACCUCGGAUGAGGAAAACCACGAGCUAGUUGUGGGAAUCAUCGAUUUCCUGAGGAGCUACACCUGGGACAAACGGGUCGAGACUUUUGUGAAGGAGCAGUCCUCGCUGCUGGGGGCUGCCAAAGGCGAGCUUCCGACGGUGAUCACACCGAAGCAGUACGCGAGUCGUUUCCUGAGCUUCUUGGAUGGCAUCUUCCUCCUAUCCCCAGACGCCUGGUACCACGAUACGUCUCAAGGGCCUUCGCCCCACAACCCGAACAGUGCAGGAAAUGCAGCACCUCCUGCCUCAACGCCUGGCCCUACUGGACAUGCACCGUAG